CAGAUCUCAACUUCUUCAAAAAUAAUUUAAAACACUACACUUGAAACAAAUUUGUUCUAUUCUCGUUGAACAAAGGACAUUGAAAUUACAAUUGAUUAAGUAAAAAUUAAAAUAAAUUAGGUUUGCUAUGUCGUCACUGCAAUAACUUUUCGGGUCCCUCACUUUUAGCGCCACUGGAUUGAGCGAUUAAUUGUUCAUACAAACGAGAGCACUGAAAUAAACAAAAAUACGGGCGGUAUUUUAAACUACUCAUCUAAAAUCGAUAUGCGUUAUUUUCUAGCUUGUGAUGCGCAGCCUCGGGCGGAGGGAUGAGAUUUGGGCCAUCGUGGCUGCCGUAGCAGGAGAAGGAGGAGGAGGAGAGCAUAAAUGGUUCUUUGACGUGGAAAAUUUCCGUGAAGUGAGUAACAGCAGCUGCCGCAUUCAAUUCCACGUUCUCCCACAUUCAUCUCAAGUCAUAGACGGGGUUUUCCGGUGUGUCCCGGUCAGUCGUGGGUUCAGGGCAGGAAACAGACUCCAGUCUCCGUCCGACUGAGGCCUCGCUGGUUCCUCGCCUCCUACCUACAGUCAUGAUAAAAGCCAUUCUUAUGUUCAACAACCAUGGCAAACCAAGGCUUUCCAAAUUCUACGAGCACUAUACUAAGGACACAGAGCAGCAAAUCAUCAGAGAAACAUUUCACUUGGUCUCGAAAAGAGAUGAGAACGUCUGUAAUUUCCUUGAAGGUGGAAUGUUAAUUGGAGGAUCAGACUACAAACUGAUCUACAGACAUUAUGCCACACUCUACUUUGUGUUUUGUGUGGACUCUUCAGAAAGCGAAUUAGGAAUUUUGGACUUAAUCCAGGUAUUUGUGGAAACACUUGACAAGUGCUUUGAAAAUGUCUGUGAGCUUGACCUAAUUUUCCACGUAGACAAGGUGCACAACAUCCUGGCAGAGAUGGUGAUGGGUGGAAUGGUCCUGGAGACCAACAUGAAUGAAAUCAUCACACAGGUGGACGCUCAGAACAAGAUGGAGAAGUCUGAGGCUGGAAUUGCAGGAGCACCCGCUCGUGCCGUAUCGGCUGUAAAGAACAUGAAACUUCCGGAAAUGCCCAGAAACAUCAACAUUGGUGAUAUCAACAUAAAAGUGCCAAAUUUACCUUCCUUCAAAUAGUGGCAGCAAGUCCCUGGAUCAGCAGACGUUAGCCAAUGUUUACCAUGAUGCAGUCUGUUUACCAACACCUCAAAGUAACUUUGAUCAAAGGUAUACAUCUUGAAGGUACCGUGUGGUUUGUCACUCCUUGUUUUAGUGUUAUCACUGUGUUUCUCCUUUAAAGAACACAAUGUUUUACGUGAUUUGUCUGUUUUUUUUCCUGUUGGAAGGAACAUUUAAGUAUUUAUUUGUGAGUGGUACAUUCCUUUUGCCUCACUGGAGGCCCAUGGCAUUCAGCUGCUAAAGUUCAGAUUCCUGUCAGUUUGGAAGUGAUAACUUCCACUUAUUCAUAAGUUUACAUAAAGGUGCAAAAAUGGCUGGUAUUAAAGUCUUAGCUAAAAAAAAAAACACUUGAAGAUCUGCUACAGACUGUCAUGUGAUGGCGUAUUUGUAAAAUUAAUGCAUAUAAUAAUUCAGCACGAUUAUUAUAUUGCUUUGUUACAGAAGUCUGAAAAGUAUAUAUGCUGAAAUGAACCUUUCUCUAUUGUUUGUAUGCAAAAUAUUUUUAAAUAAUUUCUCACGUUUUAACAGAUUAUUGUUUGAUUUUAUUCUAUAGCCUUUUUUCUCCUCUUUUUCAAUGUAAUAAACAUUGAUAAAGAUUAACCUCUACCAAAGUGAUGCAAAGGCCAAAGUAUGGAGAAGGAAAGGAUCUGCUUAUGAUCCAAAACACACAAGCUCAUCUGUAAAGCAUGGUGGAGGUAAUGUCAUGGCUUGGGCUUGCAUGGCUGCUUCUGGAACGGGCUCACUUUACUGAGUCAGUCUUUAUUGCUGAUGUAACUCGUGAUGGUAACAACAGAAUGAAUUCUGAAGUCUACAAAACCAUUCUGUCUGGCAAUUUACAGAAAAAUGCAUUCAAACUAAUCGGGAGAAGCUUCAUAAUGCAACAAGACAAUGACCCAAAACACACUGCCAACACAACAAAGAACUACAUCAGGGUGAAACAGUGGAAGUUCUUGGACUGGCCAAGUCAAUCACUGGACUGUAACCCAAUAGAGCAUGGAUUUUCCCUCCUGAAGAGAAGACUGAAGGGAGAAACCCCCAGAAACAAACAGUAAAGGCCUGGGACAGCAUUUCAAAUGAAGAAUGCAACAGCCUGGUGAAGUCAAUGGGUUGCAGGCUUGAUGCAGUUAUUGUAAGUAAGGGUUAUGCCACCAAAUAUUAAAUGUUAUUCACUUUAAGUUAAUUUAAUAAUGUCUGUUCCAAUACUUUUGCUCACUUGAAAGGUGGGUGGGGUCAAAGAAAAGGUGCUCUGUCCUGAGUUGUUUAACACAUCUAGAUCAAUAGGUCAAUACCAUAAAAUAAAAUCUGGAAUUCUGAA